AUGACUUGUACCUCUCUCGGAGUGGAUACGCCCAAGUCGUUCGUGGUCUCUGCCCUCAUGGCGAGGACCGAGUGGACGUGGCUGGCAACGAUGGAAAUGGAAGACACGGCGGUGGCGGUGGCGGUGGCGGUGGCGGUGGUGGUGGUGGUGGUGACGGCGACGGCGAUGGCGAGUCCGAUGACGAUGGUUGGUGAUGCCGAAGCUGAUCCAGCCUUCUACAUCCACAAGCCGAACGAUCUUCGGCCGUUCUAUACCCUCGCCACCGAGGGCAUGUCGUACUUUGCCAUGGAUGUCAUACCGGAGGUCGGCCCGGUCGAGGUGCGGCGAGAGUUGGAGCGGGUCGAGUUUAUGAUGUAUCUUCCGCACGAUUGGGUUCCGGCUGGGCAUCUUGGUGAUGAACUCAACGAGAGCAACUGGCCGUUCUACGCGAUGAGGGCCUUGUGCUCGUGGAUCUCGCAGACCCGGACGUGGAUCGGCGAGGGCCACACGGUUCCAAUGUAUUUGGACGGCACGCCGGCAGUGCCCGGCUCGCAGCUGACCCACAUGCUCUUCCUCCCGCCGGUCCUCUUUGAGCACCCGGAGUUUGCGUUCUGCAAAGUGGACGACCAGCUCUCGUUCAACAUGCUUGUCAUCGUGCCGAUCACCAAGCCGGAGUGGGAGCUGAAGCGCAGCGGCGGGCUGGACGCGCUCGUGCCGCUCCUCGAGUCGGGUGAGAUUCCGACCGUUGUUGACAUCCAUCGCUCGUCUGCGGUGUAG